AUGGCAAAAGAAUCAAUUAAUCUACUCUUGAGUCUUGCUCAAAUUGGAGCUACCGUUCUAGCAGCUACACUUACUGGUCUACUCAUAUACUACAAGAUAACAGAUCAUGACCACGAGACUGAACAAGUUGCAAAGGCAGUACAAAACAAGUUAAAGUCACAUCCUCGCAUCAAAGAGAUCAACAUGCAUUCAUUCAACGAGUACGAGUUGCGUGUUUUGGAUGGACUGAUUGUUCCUGAGAACAUAGGUACGUCUUUUGAUGAGAUUGGAGGACUCGACCAUAUCAUUCAAGAGUUGCAAGACUCGAUAUUCCUGCCACUCAAACUCAACCUAUUCAAUAAUAAUCUGUUUACAGUGCCAAGAGGUAUACUGUUGUACGGACCACCUGGCACAGGCAAGACAUCGUUGGCCAAGGCCAUCGCGAGAGAGUCUGGAUACUUUUUCCUAUCAAUCAACGACUCUUUGAUCGAGUCCAAGUUUUAUGGAGAGUCUCAAAAGCUCAUCAACGCAGUCUUUACCGUCUCGGAGAAACUGCAACCUGCUAUUAUCUUUAUCGACGAAAUCGAUGCCAUCACAUCGAGCAGAGACACCAUGUCAUCGGAACUAAGCAACAGCAAGAAAUCAAUGUUGCUACAACUAUGGGAUGGUCUACUCGAAUCUAAAAUCAUUAUCAUUGGUGCCACCAAUAGAGCAGAGGUUAUAGACGAUGCUUUUCUAAGGAGAAUGCCAAAGAAAAUUAAAGUUGAAUUACCAACAACUAGUGGUAGAGAACAAAUAUUAAGAAUUUUAUUAAAGGAUAAUCAUUCACCUGAUUUUGACUUUGAAUUACUUGCAGAAAAAACAAAUGGGCUUAGUGGAAGUGAUUUAAGAGAAUUAAAGAAUGAAGCUGCUAAUUAUGCACUUAAAAAUUUAUUAAAAUUUAAAACCCUAUCAAAUGAAGAUGUUAGUAAUUUUAAGAUUCAUACAUCUGAUAUGGAAGCAAUGUUGUAUAGGAUUAAAAAUAAGGGUUUCAGACCUGAUAAUGCAUCAAUAUUAAAUAGUGAUGUUUCAAAUGAUUAA